AUGUCCGGGUGGGGGACGGGAGCUUCGGGCGCCCUGCGGCGCUCGCCCGCCUUGCUGCUCAUGCUGCUCGCCGCGCUGCUGCUGCUUCUGCUGGCCGCGCGCGCGCCACCCGCCCCGACCGCGCCGCUGCGGCCGCGUCCUCUUCCGCUCGCUGUCGCACCGCCCGCCCCGCCCGUCAACGUCACGCACCGGGCGCCCGCCAACGGUACGGUGAAGCCGGCGACGAGACCCGCCGACAGAGUGACUCGGGCACCGGGAGCGCCACUCGUGAGCGACAUCUACGAGGCGGGACACGAGCGGCCCCACCCCGAGCUGUGCCCGGCGCUAGGCGCGCACGUCAAGGUGCUCAUCAUGGUGACGUCGGCGCCGGAGCACGCGCGCGCACGUGACGCCAUUCGGCUCACGUGGGGCCACUUCGCGGCUCGGCGCGACGUUGCGUUUGCGUUUGCGCUCGGUCGACCUCCGUCGGCGCUGCGGCCCGCUCUCGACGCCGAGGACGCACUCUACGGUGACCUCGUCGUCGGGCGCUCCGUCGACUCGUAUUCAAACCUCACGCUCAAGACGCUGUCGAUCCUCGAGUGGGCCGACACGUACUGCCCGCGCGCGCCGCGCCUCCUCAAGACCGACGACGACAUGUUCAUCAACGUGCCGCGGUUGCUGCGCUUCGCGGCGGCGCGCGUCAACGCGACGAACACCAUCUGGGGCAAGGUCGUAAAGAAGUCGCUGCCGAAGCGCACAAGCAAAUCGAAGUACUUCGUGCCGGUGGCGCAGUUCGCGGGCGCCGUGUUCCCCGAAUUCGCGACGGGCCCGGCCUACCUGCUGACGGCGGACGCCGUGCGCACACUGAGGGCGGCGGCGGCGCGGCGUCCGUACCUGCGCCUCGAGGACGUGUUCGUGACAGGCGUGGUCGCCUCGGCGGCGUCCGUGCGUCGCGUGCACGCGCCUGAGUUCCUGAACCGCAAAGCGCCCGCGCACCCGUGUGCGCUGCAACGUGCCCUCUCGCUGCACAUGGUGCAGUUCCACGAGCAGUUCGACCUCUGGCGGAAGCUGCUCGACGGCAAGACCAAGUGCGCCGGCUAG